UGCUCUAAACUUCAGGCGCCGAAUAACGUCAGGAAAAGAUCGCAAGACGGAAGGAAUGGCCUCGUCUACUGUUGUUAAAGAACUCAGAGGGCUCGUGGCUGCCACAUUCACCCCGCUCACACCAGAAGGUGAGAUCAAUCCAUCAUUGAUUGGCUCAUACAUUGACUAUCUGAUUGAGAAACAAGGUGUCAAGAGUGUAUUUGUGAAUGGGACCACAGGAGAGAGCUUGUCUUUGAGCGUCGAAGAGAGGAAGCGGCUGGCUAAAGAAUGGUGUGAAAAAGGCAAAGGAAGAUUGGAACAGGUGAUUGUACACGUCGGAUGUAUGAGCCUAAAGGACGCUCAGGAAUUGGCACGCCAUGCUGCCACAAUUGGAGCUGACGGAAUAGCGUUAUUAUCCCCGUCUUUCUUUAAGCCCACUAAUGCAGACGCAUUGAGGAUGUUCCUUCAGGAAGUUGCUUCGGCUGCUCCAGAUCUUCCACUUUACUACUAUCACAUCCCAGGGAUGACUGGCCUCAACUUGGAUGCUAAAGACGUGUUGGAGGGAAUAGAGACACAGAUUCCCUCGUUCCGGGGUGUGAAAUUCACUAGUACCGACCUGAGAGAUUUAGGCCAGUGUGUGAGUUACUGUCGCGCUCAUCGCUUGUCAGUUCUCUAUGGUGUUGAUGAGCAACUGCUUGGUGCUCUUAUUAUGGAUGUCCAAGGAGCUGUGGGCAGUACGUAUAAUUACCUCGGCCGUGCAAUCAACCAUUUGCUCUCUGCCUUUGAGGCAGCAGACCUUGACCGUGCCAGGAAGAUACAAUUUCAGCUGCAGCAUAUUAUAACCUUCGCUAAAAAGCACGGGUUUGACCUGACUGUAAAUAAGCAGGUGAUGUGUGAGGUGUCUGGUCUGCCCCUGGGACCUCCCCGUCUCCCCCUGUUACGCUGCUCCCAAUCUCAAGCCCUUCCCAUAGCGGAGGAAAUCCGAAAAGUCCUCAAGGAUCAUUGAAGACUUAGUCUAUGGCAUUUGACCUCACUGAGAUUAUUCCAUAGAACGGCACGCCGCUGUGUAUGGAUAAAGGCAUAACGUCGAUACAUUCCUCUCUCGAGACCUUUUAAGGUUACUUAAAACAAAUCAGAGUGUGACAUUUCCACCGAGUGCUGAAACUUGUAAUACUCCUUUGUACUGUAUUACAUCAUGUACAUCACUGUACAACUUGACAUAUUUAGUUCAGCUUUAUACAGGAUAUG